CUCUGAUUCCAGUUAUGUGAGCAAUAGACGGGACUCAAUAACCAGACACAUGUUAAGGUGUAAAGAAGGCCGUAAGGAUGAAACCGAUUCACAGAAAAAAAACGCCAUUAAACAAUCAUUGGAUAAAAUUAAAGAAGCCCAUGAAGAACUUGGAAUAAGACUUUUUUUUAACCCACGUGACUUUGAGAACAGGCUGUACAACAAGGAAGAGGUCCUGGGAAUUUUAUCAUAUUUUGGCCAUUCUGCUGUCGCAAGAAAAGCUGAAAAAAGAUACCCGGAAGUGAAGCCGUCUACAGUGAACGUCACAGGGAGAACGUUCAAGAAAUUUUCUUUCAAACCCAUCGGGGAUACAUGUGAUCCAAACAUACACGAGGAAAUGGAUACAGAGGAAAUGCGGAUCCCAAUUGAAGCUGGUAGAGGGCAACUGGAAAGAGCGAGUUUGGAAGAUGUGGACCAUGAAGAAGCUGGCAUUGAGAAAGAGGAGGACACUGCAACCAGCAGACAGGACACAGAACUGAAUACUCCGACUGUCCAGGAAGAUAUCGAGGAUAAUGACAGAGCAGUAGGAACUGGUAGAGGGCAACUGGAAAGAGCGAGUUUGGAAGAUGUGGACCAUGAAGAAGCUGGCAUUGAGAAAGAGGAGGGCACUGCAACCAGCAGACGUGAGUAUGGUAUCGUUUCGGGUGUAACCCAAGAAGACGUUACAGAAGAUGAGGACAUAAAGGUGCCUUUGGGAAGGCAGGAGGUUCUGACGGAGUACCUCUGUCAUUCGAAAGAGACCCGGGACAAUGUCUGUAGACAUAAGGACCCCCGGGUAACCGUCAAAACUGAAAAUGUGGGCUUGAUGUGGAACGCCUACUCGCAAAAUGUCCAAAUAGCUACUGAUGUUACGAGUAGUGCACAAUUAGCGCUACAGGAGGCCGACACAGCGGCAGUCCAUACGCCAAAGAAACGAAAAAUCGACCCAGCAAGUCCCAAAGCGCCACCAUCAGCAGGUAAGUCCAGAGUAACGAAGGCUUUGAUCGAUAAAUAUGGUUCAAUUGCAGAUGCCGAAAUCCCUGCACCAUCAGAGUUGGUUUUAUAUGGUAUCAAGAAGGACAAAAGGGUUCAGGUGUCCAGAGCUUUAAGGUAUGAGAGGGAGGUCACCAUCUAUAAAGAAGCAGCCAGUUAUCUCCUGAACCGGCUUACAAAAAGUACAGGUAAGAGGGUAGAAAAUAUCACUGAGGUUCCAUGGGAUCAACCGGAAGUGCCACAUUCAGUGUCAAGAGGAAGAGUUCUUAAAGACAACCUUCUUCGCCGAUAUAUGGGACUCAUCUUGGCUGACGACAAAGCUAGAAAGGCUGCGCGCACAGAUGAUGAUGUUGUAGCAUGAUCCAGUCUCAAAAAUGGCGCCAAAUGUGGUGAGAACAGAAGAUUAUGUAAAUGGGAAAUAUUUACGUUCAGGGUCUGACAAAAUUUAUAAGGGACAAAUUGUAUGUGUUUACCACGGGGAACACAUCACUCAUCGAGAGUGGGAAACGCGUUUAAAAUCAUACAGGUAUAAAGAAAGGGACUCCGCUGGUAAUUACAUGCAUGUCUUCUUUUAUCGCCAGGCCAAUAAAAAAAAAUUGUGUGUUGAUGCUACAAGGACCCCCCUGCCCAUGCCAUCCAGACAAGAAAACAACUUAUGGUAGGCUAGUCAAUCUCUCCGCGAAAGCUCCCAACUUGUUGAAACAGACCCGUGUUCUGAACGGGAGGCUCCAUCUUCUCUUGGUAACCCUGAAAGACAAUGAACCUCUGACAGAGCUACUUAUUUGACAAUGGAGGCCGCCCAUCAGAAGAUGGGAUGAAACACGAGUUGCUCCAGUCAUACAUGUAAGUAUAAAGUACUGUAGAUUUAGUUACAUGUAUUUAAUCAACUAAUAUUUGAUGAAAAACCAAAGGUUUAUAGGUUAUACAUGUAUUUGUUAUCAUUACUUUUAGUAUCAUUUUGUUGAUAUGUAUAUUUUCAAUACCCUUAAAUUAUGCCUAGCUGUCAAAUACUAGUUCAUGUAGAAAGUUUUUGUAUGGAAGAUAUUGUAUGCAUGUGUGUGAUUUUGUUUGUGAGAUCAUCUAUGUAGAUGUAAUUGUAAAUGUCUAAAAAAUAAAGCAUGAAAAAAAAAAAAAAAAA